AUUAAGUAGUUUGCUUGAGAAUGGGUAAGUCUGGUUGGGCUUUGGCUGACAGUCCAGACAGCUUUGAGGGGAGGUGUUGCUGGGGGCGGAGAAAUAAGUAUGUCACUACAAAAGUUACAGCAAGAAAGUCUAUGAUAGAAACAACCUUUGAAUAGUAAGGUAAUUUUUGGAAGACUUUCACCUUCAAAUUCUGCUUCCUCCCCCAUUUUAAAGCAAUGCAAUCAUAUGCUUCUGCUAUGUUUGCGGAACUGAAUGGUGAUAAUUACAGCUCAGCGGUACAGCAACAAAAUAUCCUCUCCUUCAGGAAAGCCUCCUCGCUACUUCAGAGAGACAAUCGUAGCUCAAAAGAUCUGUAUGAAACUGGAGGAAACAGUAGAGAGUACAUGAAGGACCGCGUCAAGCGACCCAUGAACGCUUUCAUUGUAUGGGCUCGUGAUCAAAGGCGAAAGGUGGCUCUAGAGAAUCCCAAAAUGCAGAACUCGGAGAUCAGCAAGCGGCUGGGAUACCAGUGGAAAUUACUUACAGAAGCUGAAAAGCGGCCGUUCUUCGAGGAGGCGCAGAGACUCCGGGCCAUACAUCGGGACAAAUACCCGGACUGUAAAUACCAACCUCGUCGGAAGACCGAGGGGCUACCGAGAAGUGACAAAUCGUUUCCCACAGACCCUUCAACACUAUGCAGCCAGGUACAUGUAGACGACCUUUUGUACUCCUUCACAUACACGGACCAUUGUGCCAAGACACCGCAGUCACGAAUGGAAGGCCCGUUAAGUCCCUCACAACGGAUGAGCAUUACCAGCUCACUCCCUCAGCAAGAGCACUGCAGCAACUGGACAAGCCUGCACCACAAUAGGGUGACAAUGGCUACACAGAUCUGUGUGGAUGGUCCCUUUUACUGUAGUUUGCAGCCUGGACAUUCUCACCGUUACUUUUGGUGUUGA